CAUUUUUUGCUCCAAAUGUUCAUCUGGAUUAUAAUCGUAUUAAUAUCAUUAUUUUUCAUUGCUAAACUUUCACAAAACAAUAUUGAUUAUGAUGAUGAUGAUGAAAAUAAAAAGAAAAAAAUAUUUGAAAAAUAUGCCUGGAAACAUUGGUUUCAACGGCCAAAAACAUAUCUUAUGAUUUAUUCCAGUUUAGCAUUACCACCAAGAUCAUUAUUUCAUCGAAAUUCUCAUAAACAUCAACAACAAUCACAACAACGACAAAGUAUUUUGUCUGCCGAAAUGUCCACAACAAAUUCAAAUGCAACAACAAAAACAACAACAUUGAUAAAAUAUCAAAACCUAUCGACAUUAUCAAUGGCAACAAUGAAUGGUUCAUUGACCAAUGGUCACCAUAAUCAUAAUGAAAUUGUUGCAGUUGAUGAUGAUUAUUGUGAUGAUAAUAUUGGUAUGGGUGAACACAAUGUUCACCUAUCCAAAUGUGUUGGUGAUACAAAUGGAAUCGAUGAACCAGAUCAUUCGAUCGAUUCAAAAAUGAUCAAGUUAAUGCAAUCGACAACAUCCAUUUUCGAAGAUGAUGAUGACGAUAAUAAUAAUACUAAUAAAAAUAAUGAGGAUGAUCAAGAAGAAUCAUGUCUUCUCUGUAAUUCUCGAUUUGAUUUAUCUAGACAUAAACGUCUUAUUUGUAAACAAUGUUCAUUGAAUGUUUGUUUCAAAUGUUCAUUAUAUGAUUUUGAUUCAUGGAUAUGCAUCAUUUGCCAUCAACAACGAACAAUAUCAAAUAAUAAUCAAUGUCAAUCAUGGCUUUGUAAACGUAUCGUCAAACAACAAUCAGAACGGGAAUUGUUACAUUUUAUCAAUGCAAAAUUAAGAUAUGAUUCAAAUCGACAAAUAUUGAUCAAUAAUACUACAAAAAAUGGUCAUCAUCUUAAUGUUAAUAAUAAUAAUAAUAAUAAUAAUAAUAAUGAUGAUUGUGAUGUUGAUGAUGAACAUAUUGUCAAAAAUGAAAUGUUAAAUAAUAUUAAUAACCGAAAUGGUUCCUCAUCAAAUGGAAUUGAUAAUAUUAUGGUUGAAACGAAUGGAGAAUCAUCAUUGGAAAAUGAUCGAAUAAAAAAUAACAAAAAUAUUGAUUAUCAUACACGCAUAAAUCAUCAUCGUCAAGAAAAUCUUUUGGCCAUACGUUCGGAUAUGGAAUUAAAUUUGGCCAAAUUAUUAGGCUUUGAUUCGAUUGAUUAUUCACAUAUUGGAUACAUAUUUGAUGAUGAUCAAUAUAAUCAAUUGAUCAAAACCUUUACACCAUUGUUAGCUAAUUUGCUCAAAAUAUUACAACAAUCUAUUUAUGAUUGUGAUUGUGGUCGUGAACCAGAAACAACACCUACUGAAGCUUAUAAUCAAUUAAAAGAAGCUUUACAAAAGAUUAGUGAAAAAUCAUUUGAAUUUACAAAACAAUUACAUCUACCAUCACAGCCAUUGAAAUUGAAAGAAGUUGAAGACUUCAUUAAUAAUUGUCAAUCAUAUGAACAUCUAUUGGCACAAUCUGUUGUUAAUCAGAUCAUUGAAGAUGGACAAAGUCGUUUUAUGACUACAGCAUCGACUGCAUCAUUUAAUAGUUUUAAAAGUGGUGUAUCAUUCAUUGACCAUUAUAGUAGUCAUCAUAAUAGCCAUAUAAAUUUGAAUCGUAUUCGUACAGUCAGUAGCGGUUGCUGUGGCAAUAGUAAUUGUGGUGAUGGUCAUUGUUCAGCCAUGAGUGGUGCCAAUUAUAAAAUGGAUAAUGAUUAUUCAGUCUCUUCAUUGGAUGAUCAACAUAGCUACUGUGAUCGACAAUUGACCAAUGAUGAUAUUGAUGAGGCCAUGCAUAAUAAUGAUGAAGAAUUGAAUGAUAAUCAUAAUUAUUCUUAUAAUGAAGCGGAAGAUGAUGAAAAUAAUGAAAAUGAUUUUGGUCUUGAAUUAAAUUUCGAACAAUCAAAAGUUUAUUUUCCCGAAGCCGGUCUUGAUUUGAUUGAUUCGAAAAAAUAUUCAUCAACUGAAUCGAAUCUUUCACAAGAUUCUGGUAUCAAGUUGAUUGAUAAUUCACAUUCCUGGCAAGAUAAUUGGUUUUUUAAAAAAAGCAAAGAAAAUAAAUCUUAUAAUCAAUAUCAUCUUAAUUCUGAUAUUCAUUUUGGAUAUAUGGCAUUAGCUUUAGCAGAAUCUGUACCAAUGUUGAUACCAAAUCCUAGUCAAGCAAUGAAUCCAAUGUUGGGCGAAAUGGAAGCUGAUCAAGUUUCCGAUUUAUCUGAACAUUUAUCAGAAACUGGUUCAAUAGUAUUUUCUUCCGAUGAAGAAGAAGAUAUUGCAAGUGUAGAUACCGUUGAUAAAAUAAAAAACCGUGCUGAAAAGAAUAACUCUAUGAUCGACUCGAUAUCUUCUGUCCAAACCAAUGGCAGCAAUGCUAUGGCCAGAUCACAUACCGUGUAUAUGGAAAAUCGUAGGGUAGCACCAUCAAAGUUAUCUUUUAUCAAAGGUUCAUCAAUAGAAAAUCGAAAAAAUAAAGCCAUUAUUCAAAGUCUACGAUGGACCAAGAUCAAAGUGCCAGAUUUUGUGCCAAGUGAAUUACGAACAAUAUGUAAUUCAAUACCAAAUCCACGUCUAGAAAAUUUGGAUUUUAUUCCAACUUUUACGAUGAAACCCGGAAAUGCUUCAUUACACAGUGGAAUUGUAGCACAAUUCUGUUGUAAAGCUAAAGGAUUGUUGCCAUUAUAUUUCGCUUGGUAUAAGGAUGGACAUUUGAUUGCUGCAUCGGCCGAUGAAUCAACUCGACGACCUGAAGAGAUUGAAAAUAGACGAUUAGCUCGAACCUAUUUUGGUUUACGAUUUAUACAUCGACGAUAUGUCGAAAGUAAGUGUUCGGCAUACCGUUUGAUCGUAUUCAAUGAUAAUGAAUGUAUUCUGGAGAUUAAAAAAUCGAAUCCAAUGCAAGCCGGUAUCUAUUCGGUGGUUGCUUAUAAUCAUGUCGGUCAUGAUUGGUGUGAUUUCAAAGUAGCCAUUGAUAGGCAACAUUUUUCAGCUGUUCCUAAUCCGUUCAAUCAACAAUUAUCAUCUAUAGUCAAUGUUAAUCAUCCUAUGUCACCGCGACCUGUAUUAAGGCGGCCACAACAUAAAUCUCGUAAAACAAACACGAAUGAAUUUUCUCAACUGGUUACUAAGAUAGAAAGUCCCAUGACCACUUUCCCUAAUCAAGUUAAACUAAGAAACAAUAAUAAUAAUCCUAAAGUCAAUCAUUUGAGCUCAUCUUUAGCAUCAUCACCUCACGUGAUUGAACAAACAUGGGAAGAAAGACAGGCAUUAAAUUCAAAGGAUCAUAAAUUAUUAUUGAAUAUUAUUCAACAUCGACAAACGCCAUUGCCAACAAGCUCAAAUGUGCAAUUUGUUCGUAUCGAUGAUCAUGAUAAAACUGUCGAUGUUAAUGAUGGUGGCGGGAAUAUUUCAAAAAUUUCAAUCGAUUCAAAUUGUACAAAUUCACCACAACAAAUCAUAUCAACAGAUAUUGUCCAUUCUAAAACAUAUGGUGAUGAUGGACAAAUGUUAGAAGAAUAUGAUGAAACAAUACAAAUAUUACAAAGGGAAAGUUCCAAAAGUUCCAAUGAUCAAAUAUCAUCGGAAAAUGUUUCCGACUCAUCAAAUUCAUUAAAUGAUUCAAUAAAUAUACCUGUGAUGCCAAUCGCUGAACGUGAACAUCGCAAAUGGAAUAAUCCUGACGUAAAUCUAUUGAAUAAUCCAUAUUCACCAGAAAAUAUAGAAAAACGUUCACGACAGAAAAUGAUGUCAUUCUCUCCCGAGCUUUUAUAUUCACCGGAUGCUACAUUAAAUGAUGAUCGAACUGAUGGAAUGAUAAAACAUAUUGUUGAUGAUGAAGAAUUUGUGCCGGAAGAAAAGCGUAAAUUUUUUCACAGUGCCAGAGAUUUAGAUCGUUACAAGCGUAAUUAUUAUCUGCCAAAAACGAGAAAAUUACCCGAGGAAAAAUAUUCAUUUGCAAUUUUAUCGUCAUUGGGAGGAAAACCUUCUUCGACCAGAUCAUCUUCGGCAACAUCGAUGAAUAAAAAUGAUGACCAUAAUGAAGUCAAUGGACUGACAUCGACAAACAAUAAAAUUAAUGGUGAAAAAAUGGCUGUCAGUCAAAUCAGCGUCGAUAUUAUUGGAAAUAAUCAUUGUAAAAGUACAUCACCUGAACAAUAUAGUGAGAUUUCCGUCGAGAUUAAUAACGAUGAACGUUAUUUGAUGGAUACAAAAAGGAUUGAUUCAUCAUUCAAUGAUUCGAUUGUUGAUAGUGAUAAUAAUACCUCGGCAAUAAAAAUAACAACAGCAAAUGAUUGUAAUCAUCAAACAAUUGCAAAUCAUCAUCAUCAUCAUCAUUCGAAUAACAUUAAAUCAAAUAGUAUUGAAGGAGCGAAAACAAGUCCACCUAUCCGUAAAAAUAUUGUAAAAAGUUUGACCUCUUUGUUUUCGGCAUCAACUCAACACUUACCAUCAUCAUCAUCAUCUGUUACAUCGCCAUUAUCCAAAUCGAAUUCAUUAACUCAAAUUCCACAACAACAACAGCAAAAGCGAUUAUCUAAUAUUAAUUCUAAAAAUUAUGCUGUGUACAGUCUGACAGGUCGUUCCAUACCUAAAGAGAUUUGUGAGCAAAAUCAAAAAAAUUUACCAAGAUUUAAUGAACAAAAUCGUAUUAACCUAGCGAAUGAGAUAUCGUCAUCAUCAACUUCGAUGAAAAUUUCAAGUCCUCAAAUUCAACUUAACCAAGAACCUUUUACCACUACGACAGCGAAGGCCACUCUAUUUGUCGAAGAGGCGACUUUUGACAUAAAUAAUGGUCAAUCAAAUGAAGAAAGAAAUUUAUCACGAAAUAGUAAUUAUAGUUCACCAUCACUUGAUUCUAAUGAUUCAACAUUGUCAUCAAGCAUAAAUUCGUUGGAUAAUCAAAUGACUAAUGGAAAAUCUAAUAACAACAAAAAAGAAAAAAGAGCUAUUGGUGCUAUCAAACAGCGAGCUGUUUUCUGGGAAAAACGUAUCGAAGCAAGCCAAAUUUCGGACACUCAAGUGAAUGAAAAAUUUCCAACAAUGGAUGGUUCAGAAUCGAAACCAAUUGUAUCAGAAUAAUUUUUUUUAAGCAUUUUUUGCGCACAAUUCACUUUGUAAAAUUCAGAUUCUCUUAUUUAUUUGUCAAUUAUUUAUUUUUAUUAAAUUUUUUAUAUUGAUCGAA